UCUCCGGAGUAGUCUGAAGUUUCCAGAGGACCCUGAGUCGCCCCCCAACCAAGCCCUCUGUCCCUUAGCCCAGAAAAGAACUCUUGUGUAAAGCUUCUCUUUUUUUGCUUUGCCCCCUCCCCAUCCCCAGUCCCCAUCUCUUCCCUUCCCUAGGACCUAACCUUCUCCCAGUUGGGCCAAGACUUCCCUGAAUCUCCCUGCAUCACCUCUCUCCCCCUCCCCAUCCCUCAGUUCCCCUGAAUGGAGCCAGGGAGAUGUGGUGGGGGGGGCCGGGGCCGGAGCUUCAACAUUCCCCCACAGAAGGAGCCAAACAUGGGGCUCUUACGCCCAAAGUCCAUGCAGGUGAGUGGGAUGGAAGAGUCAAGGAGUCCACAGACUAGCGGUUGCCCAGCUCUUCGAUGCCUCCCAGGGGAACAGGUCUUGGCCUGGGCACCAGGAGUGAGAAGGGGGCUAGAACCUGAAUUGCCUGGGACCCUGAUAUGUACCAACCAGAGAGUGUUGUUCCGCCCCCAAGGCUGGCAAGGGAGGCAGGACUCUAUACUGAGCAGUGACUAUGAUUUUGCUCUCAGCAAUAUUGGACGGUUAGAAGCUGUAAGUGGCCUAGGCAGGCCCCAGAUCCUUCGUCCAGGGUCUCUGCUCAAGUUCAUGCCUGAUGAAAUUCUAAUUCAUGGACGAGACUUCCGGCUUCUAAGAGUUGGCUUCGGAGAGGGGGGGCUGGAGCCCCUUGCCUUUAGGGUGGCCAUGGCGAUAAUCCAGGCUAGAGCACAGAACGGUCAAGCCCAACAGUAUGAUGGAAUGACUCUGAGCAAAGCUUGUUGUGGCCUGGGCCCCAGUGAGCCACCUGUUCCCCUCUUAGAGACCCCUGAGGACUGGGAGGCUGAACGGAAGAAGCAUGGGGCCAGAGGCUGGAGGGUCAGCACAGUAAAUGAGAGAUUCGAUGUGUCUACCAGUCUCUCUCGAUACUUCUGGGUCCCUAGACAGACACUGGACAGCGAAGUCAGAAAGGCAUUUGGUCACUUCCAUCAGGGUCGUGGACCGCGCCUAUGCUGGCAUCAUCCUGGAGGCAGUGAUCUUCUCCGCUCUGGUGGCUUUUAUGAAGCCAGUGAUCCUAAUAGAGAGGAUAUCAGGGCAGUGGAGUUACUACUUCAGGCUGGGCAUUCGGAUAUUGUCCUGGUAGAUACUGUGGAUGAGCUCCCCAGCCUUGCAGAUAUCCAGCUUGCCCACCUGAGGCUUCGGGCCCUCUGCCUGCCUGAUGCAGCUGAUGAAAAAUGGCUUUCAGCUCUGGAGGGAACGAGAUGGCUGGACCAUGUCAGGUCCUGUCUCCGAAAGGCCAGUGACAUUUCGGUGCUAGUGACCUCCAGGGUCCGAUCUGUAGUCCUUCAAGAACAAGGUGACCGUGACCUCAAUGGCCUCCUUUCUUCACUUGUCCAGCUCCUUUCGGCCCCUGGAGCUCGGACCCUGUAUGGCCUCCAGACAAUUGUCCAGCGAGAGUGGGUGGCAGCUGGACACCCUUUCCUGACCCGUCUGGGAGGGUCCGGGGGAAGUGAGGAGGCCCCAGUGUUCCUUCUUUUCCUCGACUGCCUCUGGCAGCUGGUCCAUCAGUUUCCAGCAGAGUUUGAAUUCUCAGAAUUCUUCCUCCUGGCCCUUCAUGAUAGUGUCAGGGUUCCUGACACUCCCACCUUCCUGAGAGACACCCCCUGGGAACGGGCAAAGCAGAGUGGCCAGUUCAGCUCCUAUACCAAGGUCUAUACACCAGGAUCCCCUCAGUCUCCAGUUGGAGACCUUGUCCCCAGACCACUGACCGUCUGGGACUGGGGUCUUCGAUAUAGCCAUCAGCAGAUACUUCAGUUCUAUAAUCCCUGUUAUGAACCACACCACUGCUCAGAUUCCUAUCCCCCUAAAGAACAGCCAACUCCAGUGACUCCUGGCCCUCCACGAUCCAUAUUUCUCUUCUCUCGGGGAACUCUGACCCCACUGAACCAGCUCUGUCCUUGGCGGGAUGGUUUUUCCUCACUGACAUCCUCAUCACGAUGGCACCUCCGACAUAAUACAUCUUCUGAUAGCCUGGCUGACCAGGAGUGGGGACUCCCUCCUCACUGGGGGCCCUCCCCUUUGCCUCCAGGACUUCUGCUGCCUGGAUUCCUAGGGCCCCAGAUCAGACUCUGGAGACGCUGCUACUUAAGAGGGCGGCCUGAGGUCCAGACAGGUCUAUCAGCCCCGACAGUCUCUGGACUCUUGGAUGAGCUGGCCCAGCUCCAGGAGCUGCUGAGGACAUGGUCAUCAGGUGCAUUACCUGGGGUUCAGACGAAGACCAAAGACCCAGAUACCCCCCUGUCUCCAUCCCGAUGAGAUGUCUGGCCCUCUUUAAGACUUUGGUUUUCUUUGAUCUUCAAGAUCUUCCCUUUACCUUAACCUCCACCCUCUUCAUUUCUCUAAUCGCCGAACAAGCUAAAUAAGAUUUAACCUGCUAUUCCUGCCCUUCCUCCAGCCCAUAAACACAGGACCAGAUUUUGAUCUGGAAGGGACCUUAGAGAUCUAGUCUUAUUCUAAAAUGGGCUAACUGGCUGUUUGGUGCAUUGGGGAACACAUAGAACUGAGGCUCAAGAGAGCUGGGUAUUCUUGUCAUGGCUCUGACUCUGUAUGACCUUGAGCAAAUCACAUUUCUUGACCUCAUUUUCUUAAUCUGUAAAAUAAAUAUGUACAGAGU